AUGUUGCUUGGAGUAGUUUUAUUGUCUCUCGUAAGCCUCGGCGACACUCGGGACAUAGUCUUCCCUCCAGUCUUCGGAAUAGAUAGGUUGCCUGGACAGGUACCGAUCCAGCCGCAGGGCGAAAGUGACGAUGAUAUCGACUUGACCACGGAUGCCACGGGUGGGCUCACAUCCUUUGCCCACUUGCCAUACGUACCUUGCUUCGAUUCCAAGGCCCACGAGGAGGUUGGAAGGUAUGACAUAGCUGUUUUGGGAGCACCAUUCGACACAGCGACAUCAUACAGACCUGGCGCGAGGUUUGGACCUCAUGGCAUCCGUGACGGCUCACGCAGGGUACGAGGGCCACAUUCGUGGAACCUGUACUCGGGCCGAAAUUCUUUCGAGGAAUGGGCAAAAAUUGUCGACUGUGGUGAUGCUCCACUGACGUUUGUGGACAACACCGUGGCUUUGAAACAGCUUGGAAAGGCAUACAAGAUCACCACCGGGCGCACGGCUAGCAACGCGUCCAUCGCAAAGACGCCUCGCGUCCUGAUGCUUGGCGGCGACCACACCGUCACCCUGGCUGCUCUCCGGUCUACAAUUGAUCACUGGGGAGUCGUCAAUGUGAUUCACUUCGACUCCCACAUCGAUACGUGGGACCCCACGAGGCUUGGUGGAGGCAUCACGGACUAUGCAUCUGUCAACCACGGGACGUUUCUCCACAUUGCCCACGAGGAAGGCCUGAUAUCAAACGACUCCUCCAUCCAUGCUGGCAUCCGGGCGCCGUUGGGAAGUCAGCAUAGGGAUCUGGAUAACGACGUCCAGUGCGGAUUUGAGAUUAUCACUGCCCGCGUCAUCGACGAGCUUGGGGCGAAGGGGGUCAUCAAGAAGCUCAAAGAGAGGGCGGCCACCGGAAAUGUUUACAUCACUGUAGACAUCGACGUGUUGGACCCGGCCUUCGCACCAGCAACCGGCACCGCGGAGCCCGGUGGAUGGACGACCCGUGAACUAUUGACUAUUCUAGAUGGUUUAGUUGGGCUCAAUGUUGUUGGAGCCGACGUCGUUGAAGUUUCACCUGUAUACGACAAUAAUGGCGAGACCACUUGCUUGGCCGCUGCAGAGGUUGCGAGAAGUCUGAUCGGGCUGAUGGUUGCUAAACCUGUGACUCCUGUUUAA